UAUGAGGAAAACACCCAGCAAACUCUUAAAGCCGUACCAGAACCUCAUUGCACAAUCAGAAAACUUGAGGCUCCGAGAAUCGUCUACUAGAGAUGCACCACCUAUUGUUGUAGUCCCGAUAGCUACUGCUCCCCCAGCAGACGAGGAUGUUGAGGCUGCUGAGGCAGAAGAGUUUGUAGAGAGUACGUUUGCUAAUGUGGGGGAUGAGGACGAUGAGGCUGACGACGAGGGUCACGAGGACCCUCAGGACGUGGAUGAAGAGGAGGAGCAUGGAUCGACUCCCGACCCAUCAUCGACAGAAUCUUGUGCCCGUAAGAGACGAGGGAAAAACAAGAAUAUUGCGUUAUCUAAGAGACCAGCGGGGACAAGGAUUCCUCUCACUUUUAGAGAGGUAGAUGGGAGGCCGGGAGGUGUUGACGUUGGAAGAACAAGGUGGUCUAGACAUGUGGGGUCGGUUGUGCGGGAUCCCUCAGCCGUCUCGCACCGUCUUUUGAAGUGGAAGGCAUUAAGUGCUGACCAAUUGGAUUACAUUUGGAAUGCUGCGAAGGAUCCGUUCGAGGCUACUAAUGGUCCUAUUGAUUCUUUUCGAAAGACCGCAAUGGGACACGUUAGAUAA